UUGACCCUGUCAUGGUUGCGGCUGUUUACGACAGCGGUUUACGACACACGGUUCCUCAUCACCCUGGAAGAAGAUGGCCUCGUCGUUUUGGAAAGGUGUUGUCGGCGUCGGACUUUUUGCCUUAGCUCAUGCAGCUUUCUCAGCAGCACAGCAUCGAUCCUACAUGCGACUCACAGAGAAGGAGAACGAGACACUACCAAUUGAUAUUGUAUUACAGACCCUGUUAUCCUUUGUGAUGACCUGUUACGGUAUCGCUCACAUUGCUGGAGAGUUCAAAGACAUGGACGCCUCCUCAGAGCUCAAGAGCAAAACAUUUGAUACGCUGAGGAACCACCCGUCCUUUUACCUUUUCAAUCACCGGGGCCGGGUGCUAUUCCGCUCGCCGGAGGAGGAGCCGCCGUCUUCCGUGCGCAACCAGCAGGGUCUCCUCGACCCCACACGGCUACGCAAGCUGGAGCAUUUGCACUGAGACUGGCCUUCCACACCUGUAACGACAUCGACGUCAGAUAACAUUUGUUUUUGUUAGACCGAGGAGGCAAAGCGAGAAUUCAUAUUCCUCUACUUUAAUUUGUAUUUGUACAUAAACUAAUAUGCUGUUCCAACAUGCAUCUCUUCCCAUAAAAGUGGUCACCACAAUAUUCGACAGUGACUGUGCCAACCCUUCCAAUUUUUCAAGCGGAUGUGUUUGUAUAUACAGUAUGUUUUUGCUUUGGAGUCUUAAGAUACAGAGACGUCGGCCCUUUUUGUCCCUUCUGAACUGAAUUGGGAUUCUGCUGUCCUUUGUAUAUCCUCUGUAUGAGGGGCUUGAAAACGCCUCUUUCGUUACUGUUUUAUUUCAGUCGCACAUCAGUCCAUGGCAACUGUCAGGCCAUAAUUUUGUGAAUGGAAAUGAGUUUUGUUGUAUGAACGAAGCAUCCUUUAUUUCCUUUAUUUCCUGGAAUCAUUAAGGCUCAUUUGUGAAUCCUGUUUGCACUGAAGAGGUUUGCUACAGGAAGUCACUCAAGGGGAGGUUCGAGCGGGAAACAUCAGGCGGCUCUUCCAGAUACUGUGAAUAUUAACACAAACUAGAAAGUAAUGAUACAUUAAUUUGGGUCAAGUGUGUUUUUCCUUCAAUUUACGUUUUGUUACGAUUCAACAGACGUUUUUAAUUUAAUAAAAGGCUUACAGAUUUUA